AUGGCGGGGGAGGCGGGCGGCACCGCGCUGGGCCGCGCGGCCGACAAGCUCUUCUCGCUCAGCGGGCUCUUCGCCGUCCGCAAGCCCAAGGGACCCACCUCGGCCGCCGUGCUCAACCUGCUCAAGGAGAGGCUGCUGGCAGAAGCUGGUGUGCAAACAAAAGGGAACAAAAGAAAUCAGGUGUUGAAAAUUGGACAUGGAGGAACUUUGGACAGUGCAGCCACAGGAGUUCUGGUGGUUGGUAUUGGAAAAGGAACAAAAAUGCUGGGGACUAUGUUGGCAGGUUCCAAGAAGUACACUGCCAUUGGAAUGCUGGGCAAGGCUACUGAUACAUUAGAUGCUACAGGAAAAGUAACUGAAGAAAAACCUUAUGACCAGGUAACAAAAGGAGAUCUUGAAAAUGUUCUGCAAAAGUUCACAGGGGACAUCAUGCAAGUUCCCCCACUCUAUUCUGCUUUGAAGAAGGAUGGAGAAAGGCUUUCAACUCUGAUGAAGAGAGGGGAGGCAGUGGAAGCAAAGCCUGCUCGGCCAGUGAGAGUGUACAGCCUUUCUCUGCAGCAGUUCCAGCCACCACUGUUCACGCUGGGUAAAGAUGUUGAAUGUGGUGGUGGCUUUUAUGUCAGGAGCCUGGUCAAUGACAUUGGCAAAGAGCUCUCCACCUGUGCGUCGGUGCAGGAGCUGACGCGCACCAAGCAGGGCCCGUUCACGCUGGAGGAGCACGCCCUGCACGAGGACAAGUGGACAAUUGAUGAAAUUGCUCAGUCCCUGGAGCACUGCAGAGCUCUGCUCCUGGGAGAGCCAGCUCGGAAAAAAUUGAAGACAGAGCAUCCUGGUGAAUCUGCUGUGGUCUGUGAGGAUAAGUGAUAAGUUGGAUCAAGGAAAAAGACUGGAUGAUUGAGAUGCUGUAAGAUUGGAUUGGGAUUGUCUCGCCUCCUGUGUAAAUCUACAAGUCUCUGCUGGGAAGGUGACAAGCUGCAACACAAGAGAAAUGGUUCUUUUGUUUCCUGGGGUUAGAAUGUGCACUGAAGAUGUUCAGUGCUAAGUGUUUCUUGAUUGUUUACUUUCCUUCUUGCACACCAUAACUGAUGCCAAAUUUUUAUAGACUUUUAAAGAACUUUCAGGGUGCAAGAUGACUGCUCUUGAGAAUUCAUCAAUAAAAAAAUUAUAUACAAUAAUAUCUGAUAAAUGUGUUCCAGAAAAUGUUUCUUUUUCUUUGCAGCUGGUAAUGAAAUCCUGAAAUACCAUGGUGACAAGUCCCUCAUAGCUUAAAGGACCCAAGAAUGUGGUGUGGCAAUUUGCUUUCUUGAAAUUCAUUUCAGGAUAUAUCCAUUUUGCCAGAGUUUUUCCUAUGCAGUUUGUUCCCCAGUCAAAUGUUCCUAGAAUGCAGUAUAUGAGAGUGCUAAUAUUUUAAGUCAAGGGAAUAGUUUUAAGUCCAAAUAAUCCCUGAAGAUGAUGGGUUUGUGCCUGCAUCUUACAAAAAAGUGAUACAUUAAGUGUUGAUUCCAAACUUACUUUCAGUCUAAGAAAUUAAAUUAAUAUUGUGAAGUUCCUCAUUGCAGGAUACCCUUCCAGACAUCUAUAUGAUUUAUUUUUGUUUUCUAUACAAUAAGAAACUGAAGUCUAUGCAAGGUUAAUGAAGGUUUUGUUUAGAAGGAGGAUGGAUUUGUUUUAUUCAGUAAACAAUUUUCUUCCUUUUUAUAUUCUUGUAAAGAACUUAAAGGAAAUGUUGAAAAUAGCACGAGCAAAUUGAAAUGGUAGAGCACUACAGCAGCAGCAUAUUUAAAGUACAAUAUGAAUGAAGUAAUGGAUACAAGAAAUUCUGAUUUCAAGGAUGAAGAAAAACUUGUGUCCAGUGAGGUAACAGUGGAGAAUUUUUGUUUCUUUUUGGGGUGUGUUUUCUGGUACUUUGGGUAGAAACAGGGAAACAAGAGAUUUUUUUUCCUCAAGAAAUCAAAAAAAGCAGAAAAUUUAAUUUUCCAGUAUACUUAUCUUGAAUGAUCAAAGCCUUUCAUUGAAACACAGCUUCUCUUACUGUCCAAAUCUGUAUUUUCCAGUUUAUGUUAUCCCAGUGGUUUUCUAGAUUAAGUUGUCAUUCAUCUUCCUGAUUUUUGAAAAAUAGCACAGUAGAUAUAAUUCUGUUAGUCUCCUUCUUUCAUCUUCAGGAAUUUAUUUCUUUAAAAAUCAGUGGAAUUGAGAAAUGUCUUUAUUAAUAGGGUACAUUUGGAUACAGUGUUGUGUCUAACACAUUCUUAAUCUCAUCUGUUUGUUUAAUGCUCACCAAGCCUUUCUUGCUAUUCCAUUUCAGAGCCCCUGAUAUUUUUAGUUUCAAAAGAAUUCUAUUUCCAUCAGCUUUUUUGUUAGCUUGCAAGUGGUCUGCUGUAAUUAUUGCUAACAGAUCUGUGAUCCUGAGAAGACAGGAUCUGCUCCAUAGUCGAGUCACUGGAAAGGAAUGGAAUGGUAAUUAAGAAAGGCAUCUUGUGGACAUCAACAAGUUCUGGUUUGGGCUGCAAGUCCUGAUGCGUAUGGAAAGCAUAGGAAGAGGUGGAAUGCACUUGUUCAUGUUCAGGAAUCUGUACAGAAUCAUUCAGGCUGGAAUAGACCUUUAGGACCAUCAGGCCUCACCAUUACCCCAGCAGUGCCACGUCCACCAAUUCACCAGCUUUAGCCUUUUUUCCUGGAAUCCUCUCUUCUUCCCCUGUGCAUCAGAAAUCAAGGGAGAAUUUCUUUAUCUCAAGUUAAUGACAGACUUCUCCCCACAUAACUCCUGUUGCAGUGCAGAAGGUAUUUCCCUCUGCAGCUGGGUAGCAAGUGUGUUUGGCUGGACAAACCCAUGGCAGGCAGCAGGAAGUGGUGUUGGAAAACACAGUGUGAAGAGUGAAGAAAGCCAUGAACACAUUAUGCAAUAAGCACUGAUGAGUGUCACUCCCAUUCCAUUCCUAAACACUUCAGCUAUCUGCUCAAACAUUCCAACUCCUCAGGCUCCUUCCCAAUGCUUUCCCUGUGUGCUGGGCCUCACUUGUGUGCUUUAUCCCAAGUUCCUCCAUGCUUUAAUGGUGCCCUGAGCCUGUAGUUCCACUGAAUAGUUACUGGGAAGCUGCUGAAAAGUUCAGGAAUAGCCUUUUUAGUUAUGUUUUAAUAAGUGUUUAACCCAGUAUCUUGAAACUAUCCAGAUUUGGACGUGUUGUGUUCCCAUGGGAACCUAGGGAAAUACUUGUUUUAACUUCCUUAUUCUUACUAGCAUGCUCAUCCCAGAGCUACCAGACUUCAGAAUUGAGGUAUAUCCACAGCAAAAUGUAUUCUUGUUAGAAGAAAAUAUUUCAUGAUCCUGGAUUUGGUUACUGACAGUCAUGAUAACAUUCAAGAGGAAAAAUGUGUAUACAAUAUUUCUGAGAUUUAGAGUUAGUACUGAGAUCACAGCUGAAGCAAAUGGUAGUUAAUAGAAAUUUUAUGGUACUCUGGCCAGAAAAUGUGUCUGUGAUUUACCAUUUCAAAUGUACCCAUGACACAGAUUGAAAGAUUUGCCUGAUUUAAAUGAAUGUUGUUCAUGGGGAAAGUCCUGAUGCCAAAGUGUGUCCUGCUUUUUGGGCUGAGUAUUGUCUGUCCUAAUGUGGACUUGCUGUCUCCAUGGAAGUGUGGUACCAUAGCCUGGCCCUGAGUGCUCCAGUGCUGCUGCUGCUUUGGUGAGUUUGGCAAGGGCUUCAGAAUUUGUCUCCCUUCAAUGUCUCUGCCUAGCUGGCUGCCAUUCUUCCUCAUUUAAAUGGUAGUUUUCACUUUAUAAUAUAUUCCUGCUACCAGCAAAGUAAAACUUUGAGUAACUCCCCCAAUUUUGGGAUACCUUAUUUUUUUAUAGAUGGUGAAUUUGCUACUCUGUGUAUGAAUUUGCUACUUUGUGUAUGAAUGGCUCCCUAACUUAUGAGUAGGGUCGUGCUGUUUGCUUGGCAGAGUCAAGGUGUGAGUUUGCAGAGGUGUUAAUUUGAUUAAAAAGUCCUUGCAGAAGCAAAGUGAGUGUGUGAGGGUGUGACUGCAAUGUACAGCCAGAGGGAAAUCACAGAGACAGUGAAUGGAUUCAGCCAGCCUGGGCAAAAUUAUUGUCUCUGUUUAAAAGCAGUCAUUGUUUCUAAUAGCCAUGGGUUUAAUUCUCUUCUUUGUGAGACCUGAUUAGGUAAAUCACCAAUAGUUAAAGGCAUGUGAGGCAAGCAAGUUUAUCAUGUGAAUGCUUAUGUCUGCUCUGGGUGAGGAGAUGCCACAUCUCUGCCAUCAGCUGCUAAGAUCAUACAGGUGCAAACAGGUAAAGCAAGAAGUUGGUAAUUGGCAGUGGGUGGUUGCAGUGCUGGAGAAGAAAAGGACUAUAUUGCAAGAAAAAACCCAAUAUUUUGCAAUUCUUGUUUUGGGGAAAUGUUGGAAACAAUGCCAUGGUUCAGAGAAAGUGGCUGCCUGAGAAACAGGCCUAUGGUUUUGUUAUGGGUGUGGAUGUCUGGGACUUUAAUCCUUUAAUCCUCACCUCUAGCUGCAGGAAGUGGGUUAAAUCAAAGCUGCAGCCUCUCCCCAAAUUCUCCACGUCACAUUGCUCCAUGUGGAUGCUGGAGCAAUCUCCUGCCCAAACUCUGGGCUCUAAAGGGGAUUGUGUGGCUUGCCCAGAAGUUAACAGGAACAGAAUGAGGAGGACAAAACAUGAGGCAAUGGAAAUUGAAAUAUAAACACAAAAUAGCCUCCUUCUUGCCAGACAUAUUCAUUUUAGGUUACAGCUCUGUGUCUGGCCUUUCCACUCUGCAUCCCAUUACCUUAUCUACUGUCUGAGACAGUUCAUCCUAAAACUUUUCUUAUCCUGUCUUUUGAAUUCCUUUCUGGGGACAUGGGAGCCUUGGGGCUGUGUGGUUUCUGGGGGACAGGAAAGCUGGUAAUAAAGCAGAACUGAAAAGGACGAGGUGUGUCUGGUCCUUUUCUCACCAUGACCCUUUUGUAAGAAAGACGUGGUUCUGAAUGCUUUAGUGCCAUUUCCCUGGGACAUGGGAUUAUUUUAGAUAUUUCAGAUUUAAGUACUUCAAAGUCAAAUCUGCAGCUGAGUGCAUGCAUUAGAAACAAAAUGCAUCAUUUCACAGAUGUCAUGCUACUUUCAGUGGCUUCAGAACAUGAUUUUACAGCUUAAAAGAAGGGGGGUAGAAAAGGAACAGCAAAAGGUAAGUGCAUAUUUCAGUUCUUAUAUUUUUAAAGUAGAUGAACUCAGUUUUGGUAAUUAUGUAAGAAAAGACAUCAAGUGUUAUAAUGGAGAAAAAGUAAAGAGAAGGAACACGUUUUUUACUGCCUUUUCUGUUUCUUUUAGCACAGAACAAUUAGCUUAAAUAUGCCAUUUCAAAGCUUAAGAAGCUUUUAUGUGGAAAUGCUUGAGAGAUUGUUACUGUGUGCUGAUGUGAAAAAAGGCAUUUAUUUUCAUUUCAGCAGUUGAAAAGAUAGUUUUCUGUGAUGCCCUUCAAAAGGCAGUGUUUUCUUUUGCUUGUGUGAAAUUACAGUAAAUCCUUGGCAUAACUUCCUCUUGUGAGUGGUGUGUUCACAGUAAAUCAUUUCCCGCAGCUGGCUGUCCUGGGGAUCACAAAACUGUUUCAAGUUCUGCAGGUACCUACUAGGCAUUCCCAGUGGAAAUGGAACAUUUUGUGCAAAUGUAUUUAGAAAACAGGACAAAUUCUCAGUAAUCUUUGCUAUGCAGAUUGCUCUUUUGGUAAAAUAACAUCCAGGCUGCGUUAAACCUCGCAGUUUAACGCGAGUUGCUUUGUGUACAGUUUUUUACUCUUAAUUUCACAAAGGGCACUGGCAGACUGUUGAUUUCUUGUCCAGGUGAUUAAUUUCCCCCAGCUGCUGCAUACACAGGGACAUUCCUGGCUUUAACCUCUCCAUUUGCUCCGUAGGAUUCCCAAGGACGGCAGAAAGGAGCGCGCGGUCACCCCCCCUGCCCCAGCCAUGGGCUGCUCUGUGACGUGUUCAUGGUGCAAAUAAACCAGAACGGUGGGAGAAGAGCCUGUGCCUCAUUCUGCUGUCCUGAUAACCUCCAGCAAAAGAUUAAGAGAGCAACAGGGGACAACAAUUUUCCAGUAAUUCUCCCUCCAAGUAAGAAUCAAUGGGAAACGGCAGCGAGGUCUGUGGGUACAGAGCUCACCUAAAGCAUGUGAUUAUUUCUUUUGACCUCAAUGAGAACACUCCUGUCCUGUUUUAUUAAAUUAUGUAAGUUAUUACUCACUGAA